AUGCAAUUCCUGUCAGGAAUUCGCAGCAGUAACCAACUGUACGGUACAGAGAUGUUGAAGCCUGGUAACCCUGACACUUGGAAACCGCCUCACGAGUGGAAUUGCUCUUCGUCACCGGAAAUUUCAACACCAGCGCUAGAUGAGAAGACCAAAGGCCUGAGAAUCCGCGGCGAACAGGGCCAUUACAUGUCUCCAGGACUAACGACACUGCAAAGAGAGGUGCGCAUGAUGGCUGCCGCAAGCCCGGAACUCAUGCUAGCGAACAUGAGAUCCGAGAUGGGAGAUGCCUCGGACGCCAGAGUAUACAAGGAGAUCGAGAUGACGAAGAAGCGAUGGUUGUUCUCGGCUCUUCACCAGCACGAAGGCUAUGCCGAUUUCAGGCACGAGAGUUUUCAUGUCACUGCACCGAGCUCGCCACGGACAGUCAGACUAUUGGCAGUAUAUGAAACGCAAGGUCAGCAACUGCCUCCUAGCUUCAUCGGCCUUAUCCAUAAUUUUGAGAGACAAGCGGUCACUAAUACUGCAUUUAUAGCAUCUGCGACCUUCCUUGCUGCUCUCCACCCAAACAUCAAGAUAUCUCAUCUUUCACCGAGUCCCAUUUCUCCCGAUCUUUUCCCCAACGUUCAGCCGAUACUCGUUCCCACUAUAUCGGCGUCCGCUGCGUCACACCCGCUGCCCCCUCAGCUGUUCUCAGCUGUGACCUGUCUAUCAAUGCCGACAUUGUUUGCAUCUACUGAGAUUCCUCGGUUUCUGCGUCAAGUGAAUCGUUGCUUGACGCCAGGGGGAGCGCUUUAUCUGACUAUCAUUGACCCUGAGCCGGAAAGCACAUCAAUGGGACCAAAAUUACGUCAGUGGAUGAUAGACAAACUCACUAUAAAUCUUGAGAGGAUGUGCCGUACGACUGUUCCUAGUCGUACCCUUCCCGCUUGGUUGGCAGUGAGACGUUUACGGGGGAAGGGCAGCACAAUCUCGACGAGGUCUGUUCCUGCGGUCCCUGAAGGUCUUACCAAGAUACAGGGGGUAAAAGACCAGAGCAGUAUCGAGGUUGAACUGCGAUGCCUCGUCAUGAGAAUGCUAUGGCAAGAGGUCUGGGGAAGUUUCGUGCAUGCCAAGACCUGGUGGUGGGAAGAGCAGGACAUCGUGGACGAAUGCAUUGAGCUGGGCACGUAUUGGAAAUACUCCCAUGUCGUGGCAGUGAAAGAGAGCAGCUGA